AUGGGCGGAGCCCCAGCCGCUGGUGCUGGUGGCAGCCGCCGCUGCUGGACCCUGAGCACAUCUUCUGCUCCCGAGGGUCGCUGCUUCUCCGGGCGACGGUAUGCUGGGGAAAGGAGUCGUCGGCGGUGGCGGCGGCACCAAGGCGCCCAAGCCCUCCUUCGUGUCGUACGUGCGUCCCGAGGAAAUUCACACAAACAACAAAGAAGUAACAGAAAAGGAAGUAACUCUUCACUUGUUGCCAGGUGAACAGUUGCUUUGUGAAGCCAGCACAGUGAUGAAAUACAUCCAGGAAGACUCAUGUCAGCGUGGCAUCUGUGGGAAGCUUGUCUGCACAGACUUCAAGAUUGCUUUCUUGGGUGAUGAUGAAUCUGCAUUGGAUACUGAUGAAAGUCAAUUUAAGAAUAAAGUUAUAGGAGAAAAUGACAUCACACUUCCCUGUGUUGAUCAGAUUUAUGGUGUGUUUGAUGAGAAAAAAAAAGUUCUCUUUGGACAACUGAAGAAAUAUCCUGAGAAGCUCAUCAUCCAUUGCAAAGACCUCCGAGUGUUCCACUUCUGUCUGAGGUACACCAAGGAAGAGGAAGUCAAAAGGAUUGUCAGUGGCAUAAUUCAUCAUACCCAGGCUCCUAAACUACUUAAGCGAUUGUUUCUAUUUUCCUAUGCAACCGCUGCACAAAAUAGUACAGCCACAGAUGCCAAGGCUCACGCUGCAAUGUUUGACACGCUGAAGGACUGGUGUUGGGAGCUGGAGCGGACCAAAGGCAGCGUGAAGUACAAAGCAGUGAGGGUCAAUGAAGCGUACAAAGUGUCUGAAAGGUUGCCAGCAUGCUUGGUUGUUCCCAUCUCACUUCCUGAAGAGGAUAUUCCACGCUUUCAUGGUCACGGCAUACCAAUAUGGUGCUGGUCCUGCCACAACGGAUGUGCCCUUAUGAAGAUGUCAGCACUGCCCAAAGAGCAGGAUGAUAGCGUCUUACAAACCCAGAAAAGCUUCUUGGAUGGAAUUUACAAGACCAUCCACAGGCCACCGUAUGAAAUUGUUAAAACGGAAGACUUGUCAAGCAACUUCCUAUCGCUGCAGGAAAUCCAGACGGCAUACUCUAAAUUUAAACAGCUGUUUCUGAUAGAUAAUAGUACAGAAUUUUGGGACACCGAUAUAAAGUGGUUUUCUCUGCUGGAAAGUAGUGGCUGGCUUGACAUAAUCAGACGCUGCCUCAAAAAAGCAAUAGAGAUGACAGAAUGUCUGGAAGUACAACACAUGAACGUUCUCCUUUUAGAGGAGACUGCCUCCGACCUCUGCUGCCUCUUCUCCUCGCUGGUGCAAGUGAUGAUGGAUCCCCACUGUCGAACCAGGUUUGGGUUCCAGAGCCUCAUCCAAAAGGAGUGGAUCAUGGGCGGCCACUGCUUCCUGGAUCGCUGCAACCACCUACGCCAGAGCGACAAAGAGGAGGUCCCUGUGUUCCUGCUCUUCCUAGACUGUGUGUGGCAGCUGGUGCACCAGUAUCCCCCAGCCUUUGAAUUCACAGAGACUUACCUGACUGUCCUGUCCGACAGCCUGUACAUACCUAUUUUUAGCACCUUCUUCUUCAACUCACCUCAUCAGAAAGAUACUACCAUGGGUAGGGCAAGCCAGGAUGCACAAAGCAAGCCUUUGAAUCUGCUCACCGUGUGGGACUGGUCUGUACAGUUUGAACCCAAAGCCCAGACGUUGCUCAGAAACCCUCUCUAUGUGGAAAAGCCCAAAGUGGACAAAGGCCAGCGGAAAGGAAUGCGUCUCAAACAUCAACGGCAACUUUCGUUGCCCCUCACCCAAUCAAAAUCAUCUCCCAAAAGAGGAUUUUUCAGGGAAGAAACAGACCAUUUAAUCAAAAACCUUCUGGGCAAGAGAAUUAGCAAGCUCAUCAAUUCUUCUGAUGAACUGCAAGACAGCUUUCGCGAGUUCUACGACAGCUGGCAUAGCAAACCUAUAGACUACCACGGCGUGCUGCUGCCGCACAUAGAAGGACCAGAAAUCAAAGUCUGGGCUCAGAGGUACUUGCGUUGGAUUCCAGAAGCCCAGAUCCUGGGUGGUGGCAGAGUGGCUACAAUGAGCAAACUUUUGGAAAUGAUGGAGGAGGUGCAGAGCUUGCAAGAGGAAAUAGCAGAGAGACCCCUUCGCCAGGCACUUCUGCCCGCAGAGGCGCCCUCCCCGCUGAGGAGCUCUGCGCGCAUGUCCUCUCUCUUCCCUUUCGCUUUGCUACAGCGCAAUUCCUCGAAGCCGGUCUUACCGACCAGCGGCUGGAAAGCUCUGGAAGAUGAAGAAGACUGGGCCAAACGAGAAGAUGAAUUUGUAGAUCUAGGAGAUGUGUGACUUGUGUUUUCAGUUACGUAAGAAGGGAACUCUGACGAUGGGGACCAAAAGCAAACGCAUUUGAUCUCGGGGAGGGUUACUCCCUAGUGGGGGAUGUGUUGCAGUAAACCUGGGCCUUCAGGAAA